AUGGAGCCAGCGAUCGUGGCCGCGUGGCAGGCGCUCAAGCUGAAGCAGCCAGACAAAGCCUUGGCAGCCGGCGCCGCCGAGCCCGCGUCGGUCACCGCGCUCGCGCACGGCCGCGCCGUCCCGCUGCCCGCGCACGCGGCCAAGUGGAUCGCUGCCGGCGGCCUGAUGCAGCUGCACGCAGCGGCGCUGAGGGACGUGCGCGGCCUGCUCGCCGCAAAUGCGGGACCCGUGCUGGCCGGCCGCAGCGUAGAUUUCGGAAUCCAACAGGUCAGCGCCUUUGAGGAUUCGGACGCGGAUUUCGAUCUGGAGGGGGACCAAGUUUUGGCAGGCGGCGGCGGCCACGGCGGCCACGCAGACGGCGGCGGGGAUGCAGGCGGUGGUCAGGGCCCAAAUGAGACGGGGCAGCAGGAGCUGCUGCAGGUCGUUUGCGGGGCGGGCGGCGGGCGCGGCCGUGCGCGCGGCGGGCGGCUGCGGUGCCGGACGCUGACCAUCACGAACAUGGGGCGGCAGCCGGUCCUCAUUAUCAAUGUCACGGCGGUCCCGCACUCCAGGUGGCUGGGCCUCCUGGAUGACUACGGCCUAGCGGUGCCCCCUGCCACCCUGCAGGAGCGCCUGCGCGCCUUCCCGCCGCCGGCGCAGGGCAGCGAGGUCAGCUCCGCGCCCGCCGCAUCCGGGCGCGGGCCGGACAGCAGCCCCAACGUUGUCGGCGGCAGGGGCGGCGGCGGCGCUGGUGGUGCGGAGAUGAUUCAGGGGAGUGAUGAGGUGGCCGUGGAGCUGCGUCAGGGGGAGGUGUAUCAGGUGACGGUGGUGCUGCAGCCGGAGCUCCGGCCCGGCAUGGGGCGCGACGACCUGGGGCUGAUCAGCCAGCUGGUGCUGGUGACGCUCGUGUCACCCGUGACGUCACCAGCGGACCCAGCGAUGGCGGCGCCGUCAGGAGGGGCGGCGGCGGCGGUGCUGGGGCGCCGCGCGACGGCGCUGCUGGUGCGGCGCGAGGCGGAGCUGCGCACGCUGCUGCGCGCGACGGCGCCGCCGUUCGUGCCGGCGUCCCUGCGGUGGCUGCUGAUGUCCGACAGUGCGCAGGUGAUGACGCCGCACGACAAGCUGCAGCUGCCAAUCCCAGAGGCCAAGAGGGCCGCGAUCACCGGGCUGCCCCCCGCCCCGCCCGAGCACCUUCCCGGCCGCGCGUGCGCUGCGGCCGCGCGCCGCCUCGCCGAGGCCCGCGCGGCAGCUUCGCUGCCACUGCUCACCCAGGGGCCGGUCGGCGCGCAGGACUGGGUCUGCAAGGUGGCGCGGCUGCUGCUCCUGGAGGAGAGGGCAGCUGAGCAGGCGGUCUGCGAGUUUGACCGAUUCAAUGUGGAGAUUGAGACAGUGGGUGGCUUGGGAGAGAGCGUGUCCAUGCACACUGCGCUUAUCCCAUUGUGA